AUGCCAUUAAAAUCCCUUUUCAAAAAGCUGUGUUCCCGCACCUCGGAGUCAAUCCAUAAAAGUCAUUCGCGUCAAGCAAGUAAAGAAGAUGAAAUAUACCAUGCUGAAUCCAAUCCCAGCUAUCUCAAACUCUUAUUGGAAGCAUCCGGCAAGCCACUACGACCUAUUAGAGCCAGUAGUGUUCCUAGGGGUGAUUGGAGCUUCGCCGACCAAGAAGUAUGGUUAUUCAGAACCUUAGUCGAGGUGUGCCAUCGACCGGACUAUAAUGCUUACGACAUCGUCAAAACAUACAGUAUGGAAAAUGAUCUGGAGGAUUUAUACUUGUUAGAUGAAGAGGAUUGGUCGAAAAUCUUAGGGAGCUGGAAAGAUGGUGCGACAGUCCAUAGUAUCUUGAGGAACAUGGAGAGGAGGAGCAAGCCCCGGUUUAGAAAUAUUAUAUCCAGGACCGAAUCCGAGCUCGAAUCGAAGGUCCAACAAUUUAAUCACCGUGAUAAUACUCGGUCUAGGACAACCAAUAUACAUUUUUGA